AUGGUGACACUCGCAAAGAUUAAUGACCGCAUUAAUCAAUCGAAAUGGACAAAACUGUACAUCAUGAUCGCCUGUUUACAAGGCAUCACCAUCAUUGCACUGCAAGCAACCAUUGCCUACUACAACACAGCCCAAGUCAACCGAGGAUUAGAGUCAGAUGCGAUACAGAGCUACGAUCUCAAUGAUGCUGAGCAAGAGGCCAUCACUGAUGCCAUUGAGAGAUUAAGGCGAAUCAAGUGGGAGAACAUUGCAUUCAUAGGGUUCCAAUUUUGGUUUGUUGGCAUGUCGUUGGAUGCAACAGUCUAUCAAAACGCUGCAGAAGUCAUCGCACUCGCUGUCAUGAAUUUAGCCUGUGCCAUCCUUGGUGCAUUGGAGGUCAUUGAUGGAAAACGAUGGCUGAAAAUACUGACUGAUAUCAAGGUGAAACACUCAAUUCCCAUCAUUACUACACCAAUACAAACAGCCUUCUAUGUGGAAAUUGCUUUGUCCAUCUGUGUGGGCUUGUACGCUAUCCUAUUUGCCUAUCUCUCGUACGCUGUGGUCCGAGAAUUUGGAUGGGUCAUUUACAAGAAGAUUGGUGCUGAUUUAGCGAUACAACGGAUGUACAGAACUAUGCAGUUGUUUGUAUUGGCACUCAAAAUCGACAUCUUUAUCGAGUUUUUGGUCUCAGUAUUUUACUUGAUCCAAUUUGCACUCAAGAGCGGCUUUAGCUCGUGGACAACAUAUGUAUUUGUUGUGAUCACUAUCCUCAUGCUGCCUAUGCUCUUUUUCGGACGAGCAGCUGUGGCAAGUGAGAGCUCUGUCAAGGUUGUUAUUUUCGUUAUAUUUCAACUGUGUAUUGUUUUCCAAUUGGUCCUGAUUGCGAUAGAGGCAACCACGGGCAAAGAUUACUGGUACACUUGGAUCUGCUUUGUCAUUCUCGGUAUGAUCAUUGCUGUGGCAACGGCUAUUCUGGCUAUUCUAUGCAUGACCAACUUUGGAAAGGGACUGAAGCCAUACAUUCAACGAGGCGCAGAAAAGAAAGAGAUACUGGAGCAAAUCCACAAACAACCCAGUGGACAAUGGAUCAUUGACGAAGACUAG